ACUAUAUAUUAUUUAUGGUUGGAAGUCAGCAUGUGCGAGUAACGAAAUAAUUUUCUCAAUUUGUUAUCAACUUUAGUGAGUGGUGAGAAAAAUGUUUCGGUCAUUUUGCAGACUUUGUGAAGUUACAGGAAAGCAGACGCGUCAUUUCGGUGCCUUCUCUUCAAGAGCGAGAUGUAUGCAAUCCGAUGCCGAUACAAUCCCCGUAAAUACAGUCUACGAAGACGAUGAGAACGACUUGAAAGAAGCUGACAACGUUUCUACCGAACCUGUGGUGGAAGAUAAUCGCACGCCCAUAGUUAUAUGCAAACGAAAGGAAUUCAAUUUUUAUAAAGGCACAGCGUUCAAAAAGUUGGAUACAAUACCCAUAGCCUCACAAGGCUGGCAUCAUAAUAAAUCAAAGGGAGAUUACUUUACAAUUUAUCCGGACAUACAGGAAGAGGAUAACCAGUUACUGUACGAUAGAAGACAGACAUUUCAAGAUUUGGGACUUGGGUCAGAAGUUGAACAGGCCGUUAGAAAUUUGGGAUUUGAAGAACCAACAUAUAUUCAGAAAAUGUCGAUCCCUGAAGUAUUAGCUGGACAGAACACAAUUAUUCAAGCAGAAACUGGAACUGGAAAAACUCUGGCAUAUUUACUACCAAUGAUUGAUCAGAUUUUGCGAUGGAAGCCCUUAUUACCUGAUAGAAGGCCGAACUCUCCCCUCGCUCUGAUCCUCGUGCCAAGCAGAGAACUCGUGUUGCAAGUUGGAACAGAGUUGAAAAAAUUAACUCACAAUCUCGACGUCUCCAUCCGAACUCUGAUCGGUGGCAGGACUAGCAAAAUAAUGCGCAACCCAGCCGUUGCAAAUGUUGAUAUACUUAUUGGAACUGUUGGCAUGACCAGCAAAUUAACAACAAACCGAAUUUAUCAUCUGAAUGAAGUGCGACAUACGGUAUUGGACGAGGCUCAUGCUCUAUUUCAUGAAACGUUCGAUGAAAAAUUGUCCAUUUUUCUCCGAAGAAUUAAUUUUGGAUUUAAACAGACUAUUGCACCUAAUAAUACCCCCAGCAGCAGCCAGUUGACGAUGUUAUCAGCUACAAUGCCUGACAAAUUACCUACAUAUCUAGACAAAUGCAUAAAUACUACUUCAAUAGUUCCAGUCAAAACCCAGAACAUCCACAAAGUUCUCGUUCCUCAAAAAUUCUGGCGUGUUGGCCUUCUCCAGAAACCCGCUCUCCUUUUGAAAUUUGUAAAACCUAGAGCUCUGCGCAAGCAAGGGACAAUAAUCUUCAGCAACAGUUCCGCAACAGCUGACUGGAUUUCGAUCUUCCUGAACCAGAUGAAUGUGAGAACGGUUGCUCUGAAUGGCAAUCACCCAGUUGAAAUUCGUCGAGAUAAAUACUGGGACUUUCGCAAUGGCAGUGCUCACAUUUUGUCAACUACUAAUUCAGCGGGGAGAGGGUUAGAUACAGUAGUAGUUGACUGCGUUAUAAACUAUGAUUUUCCUCUGAACACAGCCGAUUAUAUCCACAGGUGUGGUAGAACAGGCCGAAUGGGUAGCAAAUUUCCAGGUAGAGUCAUUAAUUUCAUAUGCCGUCCACUCGAAAUUGAUUUAACGAACAAAGUCGAGCGAGCAGCGAGACGAGGAAGAGCUCUACCAAUCUUUGAUUAUGAGGAGCAGGUUCAUCGAAAAGCAAUGGAUACAGAACUCAAGGAAUUGCUCGCGUCAACACCACAACAUUAAAAAUUAGAACAGAAAAAGAACCUAAAUCCUCCAACUGCAGUUCUUCGACACCUGAAGUAGGUGCUGCAUCAUUUUACUGAUGAAAAGUAUAUAUUGAAAUAACUGAAACAAUGUAUUCAGCAUUGGAUAAAAUUUUCUCUACAAAA